UGGAGGAGGGCGGGUGCUGCUAUAAGGAGCCCGGGCGGCGGCCGGCGCCCCCAGAGCACGCCACGCCCGCACCAUGCUCAGCGCUCUGGAGCGCGCCCACAUCGCGCAGGUCUGGGACCUGAUCGCGGGACACGAAGCGCCGUUCGGGGCGGAGCUGCUACUCAGGCUCUUCACCGUGUACCCCAGCACCAAGCUCUACUUCAAGCACCUGGGCGCCUUCCCGGACGAGGUGCAGCUGCUGAGCCACGGACAGCGAAUGCUCCAGGCGGUGGGCGUGGCGGUGCAGCACCUGGACAACCUGCGCGCGGCGCUGAGCCCGCUCGCCGACCUGCACGCGCACGUGCUGCGCGUGGACCCCGCCAACUUCCCGCUGCUGAUCCAGUGUUUCCAGGUGGUGCUGGCCGCCCACCUGCAGGACGAGUUCACGGUGGAGAUGCAGGCGGCGUGGGAUAAGUUCCUGACGGGCGUGGCCAUAGUGCUGACCGAGCAGUACCGCUGA